AUGGGUAACGGAUCUGGCCAGCGGCCGCUUUCCGAAGUGAGUCCCAUGGCCCAGAGGCGCAACUCGCCCAGUUGGAACCAAGUCACCAAGCAGAUGCCAAAUGGCGAAUCACCCGCAUACGAUGUCUCGUCUCUGAAUAACACAGCCUCCCCACGUCUCUUUUGGAAGGGUCGCGACUCCCCGUCGCCAUUCUCCAAGGGGGCCGAAAAUAAAUCCCCAUACGACCCAGAGGGGUGUUACUUCCCAGCAAGGCGCCCAUCGCUCGAGAACUUGAAGCGCGUGUCGAAGGUGAAAAAUCACAGCUUCCAAGAGGGCAGCCAGGAAUAUGAUCCGGCAUCAGUAGUUGUGCCACACAGACCACUGGCAUCGGCGCGGUCGCCGCAACGAGACAGCCAAAUGAAAAUUGCAAAGUCACAGGCCCACGAAGAGGAUACCGCGCAGUUGGGUCGCCCUCCGUCUCCGAGCAAAGAUCAAGCAUCCCCAAGCAAAUCAUCGUUAUCAAAGGCGCCGGACAUAGACAUGCCAAGAGUGUUACUUUUGAUCAUGCCCCCCCCUCAAGUUAAUGAAUAUGAAAUGACGACCCCCGAUCCAUCAUCAACUGCGUCUGAAUCACGCGAAAAUAGCUACGAAUCCGAGGAAGAGGGAGAUAUUAGCUUCGAGCACGAGUCAUCCAUCGAGCGUGAUGAUAGCUUUGAUGCCUCACUGGAGGACAUUGAGAAGACCCCUGUUGUGUUGCCCGAAGACUGGCGCUUCAUGAGUCCUGGCUCAAACGCUGACAGCGACCCAUUCGUCGACCAUAUUGAGGAAGACAGCACCGAGGAACGGCCGAUCUCACGUGAAGCGGGUUCAUCCGGGCACACACGGGUUGAGUCACUGGACUCCAACGGCGAGCGUCGCCCUCUCCCACCUUUGCCAUCCGUGAAUCGUAUGUCUGCUGCGCGCCCCUCAUCGGCUGGGAAAAUGGCUUCUGCCUUUGAGCUUGGUAGCGCCGGCCUGCGUGGGCUUCCUGUACCUCCGGCUGCUGCCUCAUGCAACAAAUCCGAUAUCACCGGCGCUGUCUCCUUGGAGGAUAGACUGCGUCUCAUGAUGCUUCAAGAAAGGGAGAAUGACGAGAACCACGACCAGAAACACCCCACAGAAGAGCCCUUGGAAUUGCCUAUGGCAGACGAGGACGCCACACCCACGAACGGUGUACGCGACGAUGAUGAGUCUCAUGAACUCUUCUUUUCUCCGCCACGCAUUUCCCGGGACUCUAUCCUGCGAGGCAUUCGGAAUGGUGACAGCUUCGAAGAGGACGACAGCUUUGACGAGUCCUCCCAGAUUGCUUCCAGCCCCCACCAUUAUGACCAUUACGACCCUGAUGUUCCCAUUCCAUCACUAGAAACGGACGACGACGACUCAUCCAGCGUAAUCGUUAAGCAAGAAGAGCGGGAGGAAGACCUUUAUUCCAUCACAGAUUAUUAUCAGAACAAGUCGGACAACAGCUUGUCGUCGCGUGAUCAGCGUGCCAAGUACGAUGAAGACAGCAAUUACUCACUCCGCUCUGCUGCUGAGGCUGCCGAACAGGCACGCGCCGCACCUGAACACUCCGGCCACGGCUCUGGGCAGACCACUCCCGUCGCCGAAGAACAGGAUGACGCCGAAAAGUCGGUAGAAGUCAACAAGACGAAUGCAGAGCACGAAGAGCUCAAUGAUUCCCACGACCGGGCUUUUGAUAUGUCAUCUGUCCGUCAGUCUCUGGCACGCCCUGUAACCCCCGAAAUGCAGGAAGGCGAGGCCUCUGAGCCCUCCACGCCAGACUCGGUCAUUCGUCAUCCUGUUAAUGACGAUCAAAACCCGGAGGAGGACCCAGAGGAAGAGAGCUUCCAUGAAGAGGACCCAGAGGAGGAAGAAACCGAACACUAUGAGAGCUCAUCUGACGAGUCUGUACCGGAACCUGUGGCCACAAUUCGAGCUCCCGGUGCCGGGUUGAAGACUCGUCCGUCUCUAACCCCUGCGGAUAUGCAAUCCAUGGCCGCUACCCGUCGCAAGAUUAGUGGCCAGCACAUUCCUCCAGUUCCACCAUUGACCAAACAGACCUCCAAUGACUCGAACUCUUCCGAUCGCGAGCAGAAGCCGACUGACUCGCCACCCAAAUUAGCGAUGCCAACUGGUUUCGCUCAACGACAAAGUAGCCUGAUGCAGCUGGACAUCCCCUUCAGCAUCCAGGAAGAGAGUCUCGGCUCCGGCCUUAACAAGGAGUUUGACCGUGUCAUUGAGUCACAAAAGGUAGCGUUCCACAUCGCUCUUUCCCAAAGCCCCCAUUUUGUGCCUUCCCAGACCCGAACACACAAGGAUCCCGUGAAUCAAGGAAAUCGAACCCCCGCUGACCCUUCACUUGCAAAACAGCGAGGCUAUCUCAUGAGACAGAACACCAAAGUCAUUAUUGCUAGCAGCCGUAACGAAGAAGAACCUAUGCCACCCACAGAGCAAACAGCCCAAGAUCCACGUGGUACACGUUCGGCUGGGUCUUCCCCACGCAAGCCUAGUCAGCAGACCUGGACAACGGUUCCAUGGAAUGGCUCUGCUCGUCGGUCAAGCAUCAAGCCUGCCAGUGGAAUCCCAAAGAAGAAGCCGGUUCCUGGUACGGGUGGUGUACCCCCUCUCCCUGGACAGGCGAGUAACGUACAAGAAGCCCCCGCAAUCAUCGAAGAGAACGAACCAGCGAUCUCGGAAUCGUUUGAAGAAGGCGAAGAGCGAGGCCGUCUGUUUGUCAAGGUUGUUGGCCUGAAGUAUUGUGAUCUCCCUCUUCCUCGCGGUGAACGUUCCUACUUUGCACUCACUUUAGAUAACGGACUGCACUGUGUUACCACAUCCUGGCUGGAGAUGGGGAAAUCCGCCCCCAUUGGACAGGAGUUUGAGCUUAUUGUCCAGAAUGACCUGGAGUUCCAGCUCACUCUCCAGAUGAAGAUCGACGAGACCAAGUUCCAAACCCAGGAGCCUGCCGCAUCGCCGUCUCGCCAGAAGGCUUCCGCCCUCAGCCGUGUCUUUGCAUCCCCCCGCCGUCGCAAGGAGCUCGACAUCAAACAGCAAAUGCAGUCACAACAGCAAAAGGCCAAGGAUGUCAAUGCCCCUGUAUAUGAACGACUGCGCAACUUGGUUGCACGUGACGGCAGUUUCGGCCGUGCGUAUGUGGCUUUGAGCGAUCAUGAGCAGCAGGCGUUUGGUCGUCCUCACAUUGUCGAUGUUGCUUGCUUCAAUGAGUGGGCUGUUGAGGAGCAAAUGAGUAGUGUGAAGAGCAAGAAGAGUGCGACAAGCGUGAGCACGCAGCGUCGGCCACCAUACAAGAUCGGUAAAUUGGAAGUACAAUUGCUCUUUGUGCCCAAGCCCAAGGGCAGUAAGGAUGAUGAUAUGCCCAAGAGCAUGAAUGCUUGUAUUCGCGAAAUGCGGGAUGCAGAGAGUGUCGCAGCUCGCUCCUGGGAAGGCUUCUUGUCUCAGCAGGGUGGAGAUUGUCCCUUCUGGCGUCGUCGCUUCUUCAAGCUCCAGGGAUCCAAGUUGACAGCCUACCACGAAACAACACGCCAGCCUCGUGCCACAAUUAACCUAGCCAAGGCCUCCAAGCUCAUCGAUGAUCGGUCGUCUUUGCUUCAGAAAGAGACCAGCACGAGAAAUGGCGGCCGCCGCAAGUCCGCCUUUGCCGAGGAAGAAGACGGCUACAUGUUUGUUGAAGAAGGGUUCCGUAUCCGCUUUGGCAACGGUGAAGUCAUUGAUUUCUACGCGGAUAGCCCCGCAGACAAAGAAGGCUGGCUCCGAGUCAUGUCUGAAGCUGUUGGCAAGGGUUCUUCCUCAGGCAGCGGGUCCAUUAAGCCUUGGGCUGAUCUUGUGCUUAAGCGCGAGCGCAGCAUGAAGACAAGCAGCGAGACUACUGAGCACCGUCCUGCUAGUGGCAUUCCCACCGCAUCCGCCGCUCCUCCUUCGCCUACUCGGAGUAGAAAUAGUGCUAUGGUGGGACCUCCAUCUUCAGCAGGAUCCGGGGCGCCGGCGCCCCAAUCCCCUCGUCCCCGACACAAGCACACCUACUCUCAACCUGAGCUGGGCUCUGCCGAGGCUCGUCGACAGAAAACCCGAUCUCUCAUGUUUUGA